CUAAACAGUCAUUCUGCCGAGUAUCAGGACUCGACAUGCAACACAAUGGGUUCUCAUAGUGAUGCUGGGUAUAGUACUACUGGACACAUUUCUCGGAGUUGCACUCGCAACCGUAGCAGGAGUCCCAUCAGCAGCAACAGGGGAAACUACUACAACCGUCAUCGAUUUAGUAAUGAUGAAACUGAUGGUGCUGACCGAUGGUCUAGGGGUCGAAGUCCAAGUCCAAGUUCUUACAGGAGGAGAACUCGGAGCAGAAGUAGAAGCCGGAGUCGAAGCAGGAGUCAGGAGCGACGAUACAGUCGCAAUGAGGAUUGGAGGCAUGACCGAUAUACUAACCACAAUGAACCCAAUGAUCGAUCAUAUGGCUAUUCUGAAGAGACUUCCAGGUCUGGUCUUCGCGCUACAACUUCAUGUGUAUAUCUUCGAAACCUGUCAUUGGAUAUCACCGAAGAAACCAUUCAACAAAUGUUUACUUUUCAAGACGUCAUGGUUGAAAGUAUUCGAGUGGUGCGUGAUCGAAUCUCUGGACUAUCUCGCGGAUUUGCUUUUGUUACUUUCCCUAGUAUUGAUGCAGCUGGAGAAUGGGUCUCAAGACACUCUCCUAGUGUAAAUAUUGGUGGUUCUGUGGUUGGAAUCGAGCUCAAGAAAGGUGCCAUGGGAUCUGAAGAAACUGACUGGAUCUGCAAUCGAUGCAACACAUGCAAUUUCAAGCGACGAGGAAAAUGCUUUCGAUGUGGUUCUUUACCCACUCAAGCCAUGUCAGGGGACAAUACCCGAUUGGAAUCUACAUUCUUAAUCAAUGACGGCAGUCGCGAUAUUGGGGAUAUUCCCAAUCCACUGCUGCUUUUACGAGGUCUAGAUUCACUCACGACAGAGGACACUCUCUAUCGACAUAUAAAUGGAAUAGUACCACUGGUGGGUGUACGACUUGUGAAGGAUCGUCAAACACGCACAUCUUUGGGAUUCGCAUUUGCCGAGUUUUCGGGGUUGGAUAAAGCCGACUGCUUUCUUGGAAGCAUUUACAAUAUGAUGGAGCCACGUCCAUUGGUGAUUGACGGCUGCACAAUCUCUGUGUCGUAUGCACAUAUGGGUAGUUUUAUACCUGUGUAUACAGCAUCUCUGUGGGUAUCUAGUGUGUACAAAGAUGGGAAAAUCAUUCAAGUGUCGUAUUGGGAUGAACAGGCCUAUGCAGUGCAGUACCCAUCUGUUCAAAUCCCAUCUACCAUCCCACCCAUCACAACGCCACAAGCUAUACCAGACACCGCGACUGUGGUAAGGAUGCCGCAAAAUUCUGCAACACUAGAUGAUGAAUUGGCAGCAUUUUAUACUAGCACCAAGGACAUGGAUUCCACUUUUGUAGAUGCACAAUCAGUAUGUUUGCAGCCCAAGCAAGUUUUGGAGGGAGGGAUUGAUACAGAGCCAGUUCAUGAUAAAAUCAGUACACAGACGUCUGUAUCCAAUACAGCACAAACAGUUGGUGUUGUAGAAGCCACAAAUGAGCCAAUGGCCAAGUCUUUUCCAAUUGCCAAAAAACUCAAGAAAGCGUCAGGGAGUAACACCAACAGUAAGAUUUCGAUCCAGCUUGAAAAGUGGCAAACCAAGCAAGCGGAACUCAAAGAUUUUGAUGCAACAGCAACAGAUCGUAGUAGCGAUCUGAUUACUGACGAUGUGCUCAUGAUGAGGUUACCGACAGAAAAUGCAGUGAAUGAGAUUCACAGUGAUUUAGCCAUCAUGGCAUGUUUGCUUUGUCAGCGACAGUUUAAAUCAAUUGACGAUUUAAAAAAGCAUCAAGCGAAAUCAGCACUUCACAAGACCAAUAUGCAGAAUCUUAGAGAGAAGCAGCUACAAGAACUUGGUGAUCAAUUAAAGAGCGAACAGCAAAGCAACAAGAAGCGAUGGAAGAAGCAGCAAUGGAGCCAAAAGAAUAGCGCAAACAUGAUACCUAUUCAGGGGAACAAAACCACAGUAUCAGCCAAUACAAGGACAGAGAUUGGAGAGGAUAAUAUUGGUAAUCGAUUACUACAAAAGAUGGGAUGGAAAGCAGGACAAGGACUGGGAGCAGAUGGUGGAGGAAUAGUAGCGCCUGUUGAAGCAAAAGCAUAUGCAACAGGAGCAGGAAUUGGAGCGUCAGUUGUCAUGAGUACAGCAGAUUUGACUGAAACGUUGGCCAAUGGACGAGAUCCCAAUUCAUACGGAGAACGGAUUCGCAGGGCAGCAAGAAACAGGCUUUUGGACGAGUGA